AUGGACCACUUACUCAACGGGAGCAGCACGACGUCGUUUCCAGACGACUCGCCCGACGACGCCGCACACGUGGGCGCGAUCAAACACGAGGCCACGUCGCCCACCGAGACGCUGUUUGUGUCGGUGCCGCCACAGACGCUGCCGCACUUGGCCACGCGGCUCGUCCACGCCGGCGUCAGUCCCAAUAGCUCCGCGGCGAGUCUGGGCCUGCACAUGCUCUCGAGCUCAGCGGCAGCGCCCUCGUUCUUGACGGCCCACCGGGUAUCGUCGCCACCUUUGGCUUCGACUGCACGAACGGCCCCGUCGCGACCUCGACUGCCUCCUAUUAGUCUCUUGACGGCAGCGGCUGCGACGUUGCAGCAGCCGCCACUGCAUUGCUACGCGGUGGACCCUCUGGCCUCAACUGCAGGGUCUGUUGAGCCACCGUAUCCGUUACGUCCCUUCAUGACGCCACCGUCGUACGCGACACCGGCUCCCUCGUCGUCGCCUUCGGGCGUGGCUGCUGUCCCACAGUCCAGUGACGGGCGGCCGCAAGCGGACGACAUGCUGUGUCGCUACCGCAAUAAAAAGUGCGGCUACCCUCGCGCGAUCAAGCGCAAUGGCGAGCGCCACAACCUGUGCGAACACCACCGCGCGAAAGCGAAUCAGAACCAGCGGAAGCUCGAGAGCAAGCGACGCGUGAAGAAGCGGAUGGUGGCCGACCGCGUGGGCAAGGAAAAAAAGGGCCUGGUCGUGUCGCCCGAGUUUAAGCUUACGCUGUAUGGCGACGCGUUUGCAUGA